AUGACACGAUCCACCGGUCCUACUGAUGUAGUCCUCAAGACUUUGGACUCCAUUGAUGUCGAUACCUUCCCCACGGAUGGGGAUCGCAGCAAAGCCCUCUUGGCCGCCUAUGCGCUGGUCAGCCGCCUCGAGACCCCGUGGGAGAGGGUCGCGAGGAUGUGUAUGAACGAGCCGGCAUUAUGGGCCAGCUUGAAGAUCGUCAAGGAUCUACAACUAUUUGAGAAAUGGCAUGAGCAAGGCGACGAAGCGCAAAGCAGUGAUGAGUUGGCUGCUUUGGUUCACUGCAAUCCGGACCUCCUCGGCCGCAUCCUCCGUCAUCUGGCUGUAAACCACGUCCUAGCUGAGCCUACAGCCGGAACAUUCAAGCCAACAAGCUUCUCGCUCUCCCUUCUGCAGCCUGUUUUUGGGGAAUGGAUUAAUUACCUGUAUGACUUCGGUAUUCCCGUUUUCCAUAACACUCCCGAGUUUCUGCAGAAGACCAAGUAUCAAAACCCCACUGAUCCCAAAGAUGGAAUCUUUCAAUAUGCAAAAAACUAUCAGGGCGACCUGUUUGAAUACUUCACCAGCCACCCGCGUGAAGGAGCAUCAUUCAACCACGUCAUGGGCGGGGUAAUGGCUCAUCAAGCCAGCUGGCUGGACAUCAUCCCCGGCGAGCACUUUAUGGACGGAUCGAAUCCUAGUCUACCGCUGGUGGUGGACGUAGGAGGAAACAUCGGCCAUGAUAUUGAAAAGUUCCGCCAGGUGUAUCCGGAGACUGCGCACCGACUCUACCUCCAGGACCGGGCCGCAGUGGUUGAGCUUGCCAAAUGUCCGGAUCCGGUGAAUAAAAUGGCGCAUGAUUUCUUCCAGCCACAACCGAUCACAGACUCCCGCGUCUACUACCUGCACGGCGUUCUGCAUGACUGGUCGGAUGAACCGGCGCGACAAAUCCUGCUGAUGCUCCGGGACGCGCUGAAGCCCGGGUAUAGUAAGCUGCUCGUGCACGACCAUGUAGUGCCGGAGAAAGAUGCCCAUCCGCAUGCUACCUCGUACGACUUGACAAUGAUGGCCUUGGUGGCUGGCUUGGAGCGCACAGAGACGCAGUGGCGGACUUUGCUCUCCUGGGCGGGAUAUCAGGUUGUCAAGGUGUGGCGGUCGCCUUUGGCCGCACAGGCGAUUAUCGAGGCAGAAGUGGCAAUUUGA